UCUUUCAAAGUGAGAAAUAUCCGCGCGAUGCUCGCCACGUUCUUAUAUCUUUCUCUGUCAACGUGCAUAGUCUCAACAGUUCAAGGGAAGUACCAAUUUUUCCACCAUGAAAAUGUCAACCACAUAAAAACCAUCGUUUCCUGUGCGAAUCAAACGGCUAAGCGUUUAUUCAAUCCUGAGAGACGAGUCGACGUGAUCUAUUACCAGUAUGGCGAUCUGGAGAAUGCUAUGGUGAGAGCCUGCGCGAAGAAUGCUGCGAUCACCAUUGGUGAUCGAACUGUCAUGAUUAGAAACGAACGAAUACCGAGCUACAUCGUGAUCGAGCACGACGAGUUUUCAGGUUCGAGGGGAAUCCUAUUGCCAGGGGAGCCCAGUUUACGCACGUUGCAGUACCUGUUCGUGACUAAGGCCAACGGGGAUCAGGUUCGUUCAUUCGCACGAGAUUUACGUAAUGCUGGCUAUCGAGACGUGGCUUUUCUGGCGUUCAACGACACGGGCGUCGGUACUGUCAUUCGUGCGAAUACGACGGGACGGGAGAUUACGUUGCGAUCUGUGGGAUCGUGUACAGCGUUUACGAGCAACGUGGAUCGAAUUCCAACGUACGCCACGGAUUCCCGUCGCUACUGCGUACGUGAAGGAUGCACGGUGAAGUAUGGAAUAGUAGCGGACGCAACUGUCAGAUUCUGGCGCAAGGAGGACACACUCAAAUUGAUACGAAACGAGUCUCUGCAAGCGGUCGGCGGAUUGCUGGUGGAGCACUUCGGGGAUUACUACAACAUCACCGUGGACUCGAGCGCUGGAAACAGCAUGAGCUGGCCGGACGCGAUCACCAAGCUCAUCAACCGCGACUUGGACGUGAUAGUUGGUCCUAGACCGGAGGAUCUUCGUAUUUUCGAUAACAUGGAGAUCAUCUGCUGGUACAUGUACCGUGACAUGGUGUUCGCUGGCCUGGUCCAUUUCAGGACCAUCCAGAACGACGUCCUGAAGAUGUUGAUGCCCUUUCAUUAUCUAGUCUGGCUGUGCGUGGUCCUGGUCCUCAUUUUUUACAUUUUACUGUUGACAGCGUUGCGAAAACUGACCAACAUGGGGCUGAUCAAGGAACGGGUGAAAUUCGAGUACGUUUUCUCGAUAAUGCUGUCACAGGGUGUCGAGUUUCCAAGAAACUUCGGCCUGAGAUUAGUGCUCCUUCUCUGGAUCGUGUUCUCCUUUUACCUAAGCGCCACUUACAACAGCACGUUCACCAGCUCCGUGGCCGAAGUCGAGACCGAGGAUCUGCUAAAGGACGUAAGACAAGUACGUGAGACUGGACAACGUCUCGGCGGUCCUGCUGUUGUUCUCGCUUAUUUCAACAAUUCUUCGGAUCGCUCCAUAAAAGAGCUGCAAGAGAGGUACAAAGUGAUAGGAGCAGAAGAAGCCCUGGACAGCAUCCUCGCAGAAGAUGGCAUCGCAGUGUUACAACACUUCACAGUGCACAGAAUCAACUGGGACUACAGGGGCAACCGAAGUCUACGCAUGUACGCAUUGGCAAAUCCUGUGUUGAGAUUUCCCGUAUUCCUCUUUACCAGAAGAGGAUACGUCUAUCGAAGGCCGCUUAGGCAGCUCGUUACGCGUUACCGAGAGAUAGGCAUGAUACAUAAGCUGGAGAACGUUACUAUACUGGAGGAGGACAAGCAGAUAGCUUUGAGUCAAGCCACUGACGAAAUUCUGACUAUGAAGCAUCUUCGUCCCAUAUUUGAAAUACUCUUCAUGUGCCAGGGGGUUAGCUUGCUGAUGCUUUUAGUCGAGUUACUGCAUGCUCGUAUGCUGAAGACUUGAGUGUUUUUGAUUCACUGAGUGCUUGGAAAUGGGAAAUAAAAACGAAACAAAGGUAUUAAUAAAAAGGAAAUAAAAUGGAAAUAAACGAGGAGUAAAAAGGAAGAGGAAGUAAAAUGAACUAGUAGGUAAAUGAAUGCUAAAUGAACAGAGAACGAACACUUUCCAUCGUACAUGUGUUAAUCGGGCGCUAUUUAUGA